UCCUUCCUUGAACCAGAGAGUCUCACUUCCUAGAAAAGAAGGGAAAACAACUCACUUCCUGGAAACCCUAGCAGAAAGAGAGAGAGAGAGAGAGAGAGAGAUCUGCCAUGAAUGCACCAAAUGGUCCUUCAUCCAUGGCGCCCCAAGCUCUGUUCUUGAUCUUCUUCCUCCUCUCACCCUUUGUCUCUCCUGCAUUCUCAGCUCCAGUCAGUAAGCCCAGCCCCAUAGCAGCAGUUGAUGUCUCCCCUUCACCUUCCCCAUCUGCUUCCCCCAGUGUUUCCACCCCCACCCACAAGGGUGUGGCCACCCCACCAUCUUCUCCACCAAAAAAUGCUCCGACUGCUGCCUCCCCGGUAUCUGCUCCGGAGCUUCCUCCUUCUCCUCCAUCCAAAUCUCCUCCAGAAACACCAUCACAACCACCACCUACCUCUGUCACAUUUCCAAGUUCCUCACUGGACCCUAAACAGCUCAUGGCGGUGAGGUCACUCGGUUUUCCGGCCAAAAUUGAUCCCUGUUCGCCGAGCACACCCGGGAAUGCCACCGUCUGCGACGCUGGGAAGCCCUUCAGGCAUCUUGUCUCCCUCUACCUGAGGAACUGCUCUCAUGACAUCCAGAUGUCUGAGACCGCCAUGAAAACUCUUGACACGCUCCAGUCGCUAGGCUUCCAGAACUGCCCGGUGAAUACGGUUAGGUUCCCUGGUGAGCUCGCCGCCAACCUCAGAUCCUUCUCCUGCAUAAACAGCCUCCAUAGAUUGACUGGUGUGUGGCUCAGCAGGCUGGCCAACCUCACCGAGUUGACCAUCGAGGAUGUAAAGAUCAGUGCCAGUGGACCCUCAAUCAUCCUGAGCAGGAUGACCAAUCUGAGAUCUGUCAAGAUUACCAGAACUAAUCUCACUGGCGUCUUGCCAGACAAAUGGCAGCCAAAACUCUCAGAGAUUGACCUCUCCGACAAUGGUCUGAAUGGGAGCAUCCCCAUUUCCAUCACUCUACUCACCGAGUUGAGGUCCUUGAAUCUGAGCUCAAACAAGUUCUCUGGAUCCAUCCCGUCUACAAUCGGAGACCUCCUUAAGCUGCAGAGCCUCUCCCUAGCGCAGAAUUCGUUGGAGGGGCCGGUGCCGGCAUCCCUAGCAGAUAUCUCUUCAUUGGUACAUCUUGAUCUGAGCGGCAACCAGCUAAGUGGUCGUCUCCCUGGGUUUCUCACUCGGAUGAAAGGGCUGACACAUGUGAAUCUUGAGAACAAUAACUUCAAUGGUGUUUUUCCCUUCAAUGCUUCCUUCGUUAAGAAGUUCGCCGUCUUCAAGAUUGGUGGGAACUCAAAUAUGUGCUACAAUAAGUCUCUUAUUUCUUCAAAGGUUAAGCUGGGGAUAGCGCCUUGCGACAAGAAUGGUCUUCCCAUUUUGCCGGAUUCUUCCUCGAAUUCGCCGGCGGCGGCGCCAACCGAUGACAGCACCGCGGAAGCCGAUAACGGAGGCCAGCGCAGUCAUCACCACGGACCCAGCACCGUAGUCCUUGUAGUGGCAAUUGGGCUCUCAUCAAUAGUUUUUCUGAUCAUCUUCUGUAUCCUUCUGUCAAAGUGGUGUUCUUGAUUGGAUGGUUUUAGUUUGAACAUAGUGCAGCUUGUGGAAACCUCGCAGGAAGGGAUUGAGGUUCAUUUCUGCAAACUAAGGGGGAAUUGACUGCGCAUCAUUUGGUCUAGAAAGACCAUACGCGCUGCAAUUCUUGUUCCCCAAUUCUUUCUAAAUGACAAAUUCUUUUUAGGAACAGAGACAACAUGUUCAGGUGGAGAUUUCGAAGACCUGGGUGUUCUGGCACCUUCUGAGGUUUCUGUUUCUUUUUUCUACUUUGUCUAAUUUCUUGUCUUGUCAAACAUGUAAUUGGUGGUGGUGUUCAUUUGGUGAUGAAGGGGGUUAUAGUUAUCCUGAUCAUUCGGUGAGAUUAUAGAUGGAGUCUCACUCUCAUUUUGGCUGUUUCCCAUCCCUGUGUAUGUUUCUGUUGUAGUGUCCCCCCUGCUCUGUAUCUUCAUUCUCAUAUAUAAAAUUUUCUGUCGAUUACUGCAUUGCA